GCCGGUUUUAUGACCUCCGGCUAAAGUUCCGGCUAAAAUUUAACCGCAGGCUAGCUCUUAUUUCGGUUUUAUGACUCCCUGUUAACGUCUACCUUCCAGCUAAAGUUCCGGCUAACCUAGCGGGUGGAUGAACCGGCCGCUAGCUGCUUAACCGGAGGCUAAAAGCAACAGAAAAUAAAAUGGCGAUGUAUCAGGCGAGGUUAGUUGUUGAUAGUGAUGAUGACUAUUUGAGGAAUUCUAUUGAAUAUUUACAGGAUGCGAUGGAAUAAUUUAUUACUAAAUGUAAAAUGCUUCGCCGUAUUCGUCAAAGUUUUAUUAAAAAUUACAUGGCAUGAAAGUGUAGUAACGCUUUUCUAUUUUCGUCGAGUCGUGUAUUAUUAUUUGACUUUAAUUGAUCACGAAGUACAUAAACGUAUGCUAUGUAUAUAAACUUAAAUGUUCCUGCUUAAGAAUAUGUGUGUAAAUAAGUGAAUUUUAAAAUUGCAAAACGAGGGUUAUUAUUACCUAUAAAAUGCGUGUUUUCGUGGAAGUUGUAUCUGUGAAUUUUUAUUCGUAAUACAGUGGACAUAUGCCGGGAAUGAAAUGCACUUCAUACGACUUCAGACGUGGUUCUAAUUCAAUGAAUACAAUUGAAUGUGAAAAUAAAUGUUACCCAAUUAUCCCUUCCCUAUCUUACAAACCAUUAGGUACUUAUUAUCUACCUGCCACGCAAGUGCAAAACGAAAACAGCACUGGAAUUAUUCUGUUUACCGUAUCCAAGUUUAUCCCUUGAUCCUAUCGGCAUGACCCUGUAUAUGUUGGUCUUGUUUUACAUUAUACUUGCUGUUUUAAUUUAGAAUGUUGAAAAAUCCUGUACAUAACACAACAUACCUAACAUAUCACGAUGCAAACAAAUUAUGUCAGGUCUUGUAAAAAUAUAUUUCAUUCGUAUACAUUUUACAAUAAUUAUUUCCCCAGUGAAUAUAUCUAGGAUCUCUUGACCUACUAAAUUAAAACAGCAAGCAUCCUAUACCACAAACUAAUUCCAUCAGGAUCGGAUUAAUUUGGAUAUGUGAUACGAAACUAUUAGUACAAAAAUGAAACCUACACCAGUGAAAUGAAAAUCGACAAGUAUUUUCCCGAAACGGGGUCUAUAUUAUUUGAUUAUGAAAUAAAUUUAUUAAAGAAAUAAGUGUUCUCUAGCAAAAAUGUCAUCCCUAUUUAUUUGUUGGUAUAGAAUUACUUCGUUAGUUUUGGCUUAAUAUAUAACCUAACAAAAUCAUGUGUUUCAAUACAAGAGUAAAGUUGAAAACACACGGUUUUGAAUCGUAAAUUGUAAUUUUAUGGUUUAAUACAAAGCAGGUUUGACGUCAAAGUAAUUUUUGGUUAAUUUAAUUAUAUCUGUUGCAAGAUAAAGUUCGCGGCAUAUUUCUUUACUGCAGCUGUAAACAUUCCGAAUCACAAUACAAACAAACAGCUGACUAACAUUCUACCAGAAAAAAUAACUGUCUUGCAACAAAAGUUACCAAAUUCUGUUUUAUUUCAUUACCAACACAACCAUUAUUACACCACACGCUUGGUCAGGUUCCGGUUAGCCAACCGCAGGCUAAGUUUGGGUCAUAAUACACCCCUCGUUCGUUAACUGGAGGCUAGCCUUACCUGGAGGCUAGCUAACCUGAGGAUUUAGCCGGAGGUCAUAAUAUCGGCCCUUAGUGGAUCCCUUAGCUAAGGGAUCCAUUAGGCCAGUAUUCGGAUACAGCCCUUAUCAUGAGUUGUAUAUUUAUUUAUAAUGAAAAAAAAAAUAACCCCGAAGAUGCACGAUCGUGUGUUUGGCUCUCUCGUUUGUUGAAAGAAGGCUUGCCAACGUGAGGAUUCGGCCGCUGCCUGAAGGUGUGAAACCAGAGCCACCGGGCACAGCUGGCGCAGAGCCACACAUCAAGGAAGAGGAAAACAGAAAUAAGAAAAAGCUAUCGAAAGCGAAGCUAGCUGCUCUGGCGCAAGAAGAGGUGAACCGACUGCGAAAUGAGCAACGCAUCUCUGUGUCUGGCUCGGACAUUACCUCUCCCCUGCGGGACUUUGCGGAGCUGUCUGAGAAGUACGGAGUGUCCAGCAUUUUGGUUAGCAACCUGAAAAGCUCUGGAUACACCGCGCCUACACCCAUACAAGCACAAGCCAUCCCGUUGAUGUUGCAGGGUCGACAGGUACUGGCCUGUGCCCCAACGGGCUCGGGCAAGACGGCUGCGUUCCUUGUCCCAGUGCUGCAGCAGCUAGGACGGCCGAGCCGCGUGGGCGUAAGGGCAGUCAUCAUCAGCCCCACUCGCGAGCUGGCCAAGCAGACGCUCAGGGAGUGCGAGAGGCUGGGCGAAGGCACUGGGCUGAGAGCACAUGUCAUCAACAAAGCCAACAUGCAGCUUCCUGGGUCCAAGGCAAAGGCCAUCCCCAGAUGUGAUGUGUUGAUCACAACUCCCAAUCGAUUGGUAUUUAUGAUUCAGCAGGAGCCCCCUCUUAUUUCACUCUCCAGUGUGGAGUGGCUGGUGGUGGACGAGUCGGACAAGCUGUUCGAGGCCGGCACCAGGGGCUUCCGCGACCAACUGGCCGUCGUCUACAACGCCUGCAGCUCCGCCACCCUGAAGCGCGCCAUGUUCUCCGCCACUAGCACGCCAGAUGUGGCCCGCUGGGCUCGCAAGAACCUCCGGCAGCUGGCGCUGCUUUCCGUUGGCGUCAGGAACGCAGCAGCAGAGGAGGUACGGCAGGAGCUGGUGUUCGUGGGCAGUGAAGCAGGCAAGCUGGUGGCGUUCAGGAGUCUGGUGCAGGAGGGGCUGAAGCCGCCCGUGCUGGUUUUCGUGCAGAGCAAGGAGCGUGCCAAGGACCUGUUCUCCGAGCUGCUCUACGAGGGCAUCAACGUUGACGUCAUACAUGCUGACAGAACCCAGCUGCAGAGAGACAACGUGGUGCGUUGUUUCCGCGAGGGCAAGAUAUGGGUGCUCAUUUGCACGGAGCUCAUGGGUCGAGGCAUGGACUUCAAAGGAGUCAACCUGGUUGUCAACUACGACUUCCCCACCAGUGUCAUAUCCUACAUACACCGCAUUGGCCGCACGGGAAGGGCCGGCCAGCCGGGCAGGGCCAUCACUUUCUUCACCGAGGAUGACUCGACCAACCUCCGCAGCAUUGCCCGCAUCGUGAAGGAUUCAGGGGGGGAUGUCCCAGACUACUUGCUGAACAUGAAGAAGGCCAGCAAGCGAGUCCGGAGGAGGCUGGAAAAGACCGCGCCUGAGCGGAACAGCAUCUCCACGACACCGGUGUAUGAACUUGAAAAGACUCGCCGCAUGAAGAAACGAUUGGAAGCCAGAAAGAGGAAAAUUAAAACUGCAACAGUUAUGCCUCCAGAGAAAUUGAAGAAAUAGAGCACUAAUUUGUAAUAAUGUUUGUAUGAUUUCAGUUUUGUAAGUAAUGUGAUACCUCAUUAAUACACACCUGAGGGGAUAGAAAUUUA